AUGGCACAUGGCAACGUACGACACAAUUAUCAUCACUUUUCAUUCAUGGAUCAUGCGCCGGACAGUACUACCAACUACCAGGCAACUAUUCGAAAGACAAUCUUCCAGAUUUUGCACGGAGGGUCACGAAAAGAAAUUUACAGCGUGCGAAACAUUGGCCAUUUGCCAAAGGCAGUAGACCGCACUGCAAUGAAGGGUCUGGCUAAGGCAAGAUUAGGAUUGGCAUCCCAGAUACGUGGAAUACAUCUAAACGGGCAAUCGGGGUUUUCUUGA